AUGGAAGAAAAACGUGGAGAAUCUUUCGUUAACCUUCCACCGGGCUACAGAUUUGAGCCUUAUAAUAAAGAACUAAUCACUCAUUAUCUCAAACCCAAGAUCAAUGGAUUUGAUUUGCCUCUGAAUCCAAUACACAAACUUGACAAUAUCAACGUCUACGGUCCUGAAGAUCUCACUGAUAUUGCAAUUAGACUAUCAUUUAGGAUCAACGGGAGUCGUCCUGACCGAAAAGCCGGCGAUGGGUUUUGGAAAGCCACCGGAAAAGACCACCCAAUCAAAGACGAUGAUGGUACAUUGAUCGGACACCAAAGAUCAUUGGUGUAUUUCAAGGGAAAAUCUAACAAUAACAAAAAGGAUAAGAAAAAGAAUAAUAAUCAUAAGACGCACUGGCAUAUGCUAGAGUUACGAGUCCCUGAUCAACCCAAAUUAAUACCUAAGAGGAAACGAGAUCAUCAACAAGAUACCAAUACUAGUAUGAGGUUGGAUUAUGUGCUAUGUAGAAUCUACUACAAUAGAGGAGCCAAAAAAGAAAUAAAAGAUGUACAAGUUAAAGAAGAAAAUAAAGAAGUGGAGGAGGAAAACAUCGAUAGCCACGAACAAGAAAUUAACAAUCAACAAUUCUCCAACACUAGCUCGAACCCCUCCUCUGUCACCAACAACAAUUACCAAUUUGUAGGUUAUGAUUAUGAGUUGGUUAACAGCAACAACGUCAUCAGCUACGAAAAUAAUAAUAAUGGUUUGGUUAACAACAACAACAACCUCAUCAGCUAUGACAAUUAUGACGGCAUGGUUAACGGCAGCAACCUCAUCAGCUACGACAAUGAUGGCUUGGUUAGUAGCAAUAACGACCUCAUCAGCUCCGACAAUGAUGGUCUGAAUAACUCCAUCUAUGCUGGUCUUCAGGAUAUCGUGCCGGAUUUUGAUAGUUUUUAUGACAAGAUAAUGACCGAUGUAUUAUUGGACCAAAUAGAUUUCACAGCAUAUUGA